AUGAGCAUUGUUCCUCGUCGUAGCUACGAGCGCGCAGGUGGUGAUUAUGGCUGGCUGAAGACGUUCCACUCAUUCAACGUUGGAGGGUUCAGUGAUGGAAAGCAUGACAACUUUGGAUGCCUCCGAGUCAUCAAUGAGGACCGUGUUGAGCCUGGGUCGACAGGCUCCGGCCUACAUCCCCACCGCGAGUUCGAGAUAUUCUCGUAUAUCGUUUCAGGGCAAAUUAUGCACGAGGAUUCGAUGGGCAACCGCGAGCUGCUCAAAAGUGGCGAUGUACAGUUGACAUCCUCGGGCACUGGAAUCCGGCAUAGCGAGAAGAGCUACGGACCCGAACAAAGUUACUUUUUUCAAAUCUGGAGCAUACCUAGCGAGAGCAAGCUCACCCCGCGAUACUACACUCGACCUGAUACCGGAUCCGCUUGCAGCCAUUUUGAGGAAGAGGAGAAGCGAGACAAGUGGUGCUUGAUCGUCGCACCAAUCAAUUCUCCGACGGUCACCGAAGCGCGCGAGGCGUCGAGCUCACCUGCACCUGUGCAUUCGCCCCUCUCGUUCUACGCGGCAGUCAUCUCUCCCAACAAGUCUCUUCCACGCACAUUCCCCACUGCCGGGCGUGACGCAAAGAGUAAAGUCUACAUCCAUAUUGCCCAGACCUCAGGCUAUAAUCCCGCGAAAGAGGCGAGAGGCGCGCAUGUCAAGGUCUCCGUUGGCGAUGCGAGCCAGGAACUGUGGGAAGGUGACGGCGCAUACAUAUUCGGUGAACCAGACAAGGAGCUGGUCGUGGAGAACGUCAGCGACCUCACAGCAGAAGUGCUUUUGUUCGAAGUCGAGUGA